UCAGCUCUUUCACACACUCUCAACUAACUCUGGGUUGAACCCCCGUUACCGGCAACGUUUUAAGGGCUUAUUUCAGUCAGGGAAGGAUUGGCUCUACCAAACCUAACUCUACACUACUCACCUACACAGGACAGCAGACUUGUUCACUUCACUUCCUGCGACACGUGGUCCUUUCACUAUCCCACUGGUUACGGCCCCUAGAGUGAAGAACCAGUGAUUUUGGCCUCUAUUGUGAAGAUCCACCCUUCCAUCCGUCUGUCCAGCACUUCUUUCCAUUCCUGCCCUCCCCCCUCUUCCCCCCUCAUCCGGCACAGCUCAUGACAUCAGCGCAGCCAACAUGGCAUUCUCAUCGCGCUUUUCCUUCUGGGAGCAAAAGGUCAAAGAAGAGGUCAGACCACCAGGCUCCAAGACCUCAAACCAGGGUUCAGACAGCGACAGUGGCAGUAUGAGUAGCCGCUCCCAGUCCGUGCCCAGUCUGGAGCCUGGCAGGGGCCUAUUCCGCACCAAAAGCCCAGAGCCUGCCAAGACACAGCCCGGGGUCAGGGUCAGGAGUCCCUCACCACCCAGGGUACGCAGGGCCGUAAAGGUCCCUGAACGCUUCAUAAGUCCAGUGCCUCCGAUCCAGACGCCAGCACUGCGCUUCAGGAGCCCUGACCCACGCAUAGCUUCCAUGAUUAGCCCUGAGCCUGUGCUGAAUGGGAACAGCAAGCCCAACGGAUCCGUUAACGGCAGUGCCAUCAAUGGAAGCUCUGCCAACGGCAGUGCCAACCAGCCAGACCUGGACAACGAUGAUCAGAGCCUUACCCGUAAGAAGGUAGUGAAGGUGGUGCGUCGAGUGGUGAGGAAGGUACUACCUGCAGAAGAGGAGGAUGCUCCAGCUCCUGAGCCCACCAAACCUGCUACUGAACCUCCUAAAUUGGUACCAUCGCAAGCGCCAACAUCUGUGCCCAAGGUCCCAAAGGUUCCAUUGUUCUCUUUCAAGCACGACACCAUCAGGACAGAGGAGAAGGACGAUAUAUCAGCUGGGCUGGCCAGCCUCAUGGUCCGCGGGAGGACCAGGGACCGCCCUCGCACACGCAAAGAUGAGCCACCUGAAAAAAAACAAGAGGAAGCGGUGAAAAGAGGGGAAAAAGAAAGCCCAAAGUUGGUUGAUAUUAAAUCUAGCCCUAAAGUCGGCCCAGUUUCAAAACAGGAGGAUAAGACUCCCGUGUCGACUGCACCUGCCAAAGUUCCUCCUACUACUUCGAAUUUGACCUCGGUUCCAUCCAAGUCUGCACCCGCAGGCUUCAUCCCUGCCUCAAAGCCUUCCCCGCUCUCACCUCCUGCAGGUUUCAUCCCACCACCAAAAUCAGCCUCCCUUUCUCCACCUGCUGGGUUUGUACCAGCCCCAAAAUCCACUGCUGUUAGUCCUUCAGUUUCCACUGCAGCCCCCAAAUCCUCCCCAGCCAUUCCCCCAUCAUGCUUCGUCCCACCACUAAAAUCGACCCCCAUGUCCCCACCUGCCGGGUUCAUACCAGCCCCAAAAUAUACCCCCCUUUCCCCACCUGCUGGUUUUGUCCCCUCUUCUAAAUCCUCCCCUGUCACUCCCCCUUCAGCAUCCGUUCCCACCUCCAAGUCCUCCCCCAGUACUCCCGCUGCAGGUUUUAUCCCAGCCCCCAAGUCCUCGCCUCUCUCCCCUCCUCCCACCUUCAUCACUCCCAAGGCGAGUCCCCUCUCGCCACCACCGGCGUUCAUCCCGCCCCCCAAACUACCAGCCGUGAAGAAGCCUGAGGUGAAGGCUUUAGCAGCCUCUCCUCUGUCCUCUGUUCCCAUUGAGAAGGCUUCACCGCAGAACAAGUCAUCAACCGUUGCAUCAAAGACUACCCCAACCAUAACCCAAAAGGAGGCGCCACUCAGUCCCACUGAAGAGGCUCAGAGACGCCUGGAGAGGAUCUUCACUACGCCUCUGGAGCCGGUGGUUCGUGCCUCAGCCCCAAGCCUUUCUCCGGCCCCAGCCCCAACCCCCACGCAGGGACAGGUGGACGAGGACCCUGUGGCCAUCCUUCAGGCGUCUCACGCCGCUGCCCAACAACCCAAGGUGAAGACAGAGGAGCAGAUAACCACAGAGCAGGCAUGGUACGGCUCAGAGAAGGUCUGGCUGGUCCACAAGGAUGGCUUCUCCCUGGCGACGCUGCUGAAGACUGAGGCAGGCUCUCUACCGGAGGGGAAGGUGAAGAUCAAACUGGAACAUGACGGGACAGUACUGGACGUAGAUGAGGACGACGUGGAGAAGGCGAACCCCCCGUCGUUUGACCGCUCUGAGGACCUGGCCUCGCUGCAGUACCUCAAUGAGUCCAGUGUGAUGCACUCCCUGCGCCAGCGCUACGGGGGAAACCUCAUCCACACACAGGCCGGGCCCAACAUGGUCAUCAUCAACCCCCUCAGCGCACCCUCCAUGUACUCAGAGAAGGUGAUGCACAUGUUUAAGGGGUGCAGGCGAGAGGACACAGCACCUCACAUCUACGCGGUGGCCCAGUCGGCCUACAGGAACCUGUUGACCACGCGUCAGGACCAGUCCAUCGUGCUGCUGGGGCGGAGCGGCAGCGGCAAGACGACCAACUGUCAACACCUGGUCCAGUACCUGGUCUCCAUCGCUGGCAGCACCGGAAAGAUCUUCUCUGGGGAGAAGUGGCAGGCAGUAUACACCAUCCUGGAAGCAUUUGGGAACAGCUCCACCUGCAUGAACACCAACGCCAGCCGCUUCUCUCAGAUUGUCUCUCUGGACUUCGACCAGGCUGGCCAGGUGGCCUCAGCAUCCAUACAGACCAUGCUGCUUGAGAAGCUGAGAGUGACCAAACGGCCAGAGACUGAGUCCACCUUCAACGUCUUCUACUACCUGAUGGCCGGAGCUGACACCACACUCAGAACGGAGCUGCACUUUAACCACUUUGCAGAGAACAGCGCCUUCGGAAUUGUGCCUCAGUCUAAACCGGAGGACAAACAGAAGUCAUCUCAGCAGUUCACCAAGCUGCAGGCAGCCAUGAAGGUGCUGGGCAUCUCAGUGGAGGAGCAGAGGGCUCUGUGGCUCAUCCUAGGGGCCAUCUACCACCUGGGGGCCGCAGGGGCCACUAAAGCUGGCCGUAAGCAGUUUGCCCGUCAUGAGUGGGCCCAGAAGGCAGCCUACCUGCUGGGCUGCACCCUGGAGGAGCUCUCCUCUUCCAUCUUCAAGCACCAGGCCAAGGGGCCCAUACAGAGGUCCACCUCCUUCCGCGGGGGGCCCGACGAGGCCGGGGCAGGAGACAGCUCAGGCUCUAAGAUCACAGCCCUGGAUUGUCUGGAGGCCAUGGCUUCAGGCCUGUACUCAGAGCUCUUCACCCUCGUUAUCUCCCUCGUCAACAGAGCUCUGAAGUCCAGUCAGCACUCUCUGUGCUCUCUGCUCAUCGUGGACACACCGGGUUUCCAGAACCCUCGCAUGGCCAAGCGCCAGCGCGGUGCCACCUUCGAGGAGCUGUGCCACAACUACGCCCAGGAGCGCCUGCAGACCCUGUUCCACGAACGCACCUUUGUACAGGAGCUGGAGAGAUAUAAGGAGGAAAACAUAGAGCUUGCAUUAGAUGACAUAGAGUCCAGUACCUCAAUGUCUGUAGCAGCUAUAGACCAAGCAUCAACCCAAGCGCUGGUGCGCACCCUGGCGAGGACAGAUGAGGCUCGAGGUCUGCUGUGGCUGAUGGAGGAGGAGGCUGUGCAGCCAGGGGGCUCUGAGGACACUCUGCUGGAGAGACUCUUCAGUUACUAUGGCCCCGACCAGGGGGACAACAAGGGACACGCCCUACUCCUGAAGAGCGACAAGCCACGUCAUUUCCUGUUGGGCCACAGCCACGGGACGGACUGGGUGGAGUACGAUGCUCAGGGUUGGCUGAGCCACGCCAAGCAGAACCCCGCCUCCCAGAACGCUGCCACUCUGCUGCAGGACUCACAGAAGAAAAACAUCAGCAGUCUGUUCUCUAGUCGUAGUGGAGGGCCCACAGUGCUGUCUGGCUCCAUCGCAGGGCUGGAGGGGGGAUCUCAGCUGGCCCUCCGCAGAGCCACUAGCAUGAGGAAGACCUUCACAACCGGCAUGGCCGCCGUCAAGAAGAAGAGCCUCUGCAUCCAGAUCAAACUGCAAGUGGAUGCUCUGCUGGACACGGUGCGCAGGUCCAGGGUUCACUUUGUCCACUGCCUGCUGCCCAAGGCAGAUGCGGUGGGGGUGGGUGGGGAGCCGCGCGUGGCCCAUGGAGAGAGCUGCGACUCAGGCCUCAUGCAGCUGGAUGUGGGCCUUCUGAGGGCUCAGCUCCGUGGAUCUAAGCUUAUCGACGCCCUGCGCAUCUACAGGCAAGGAUACCCUGAUCACAUGGUGUUCUCCGAGUUCCGACGGCGCUUCGACGUGCUGGCGCCCCACCUGACCAAAAAGCACGGGCGCCACUACAUUGUCACAGACGAGAAGAGGGCUGUGGAGGAGCUGUUGGAGUCUCUGGACUUGGAGAACAGCAGUUACCACAUGGGCCUGAGCAGGGUGUUCUUCAGAGCGGGGACCCUGGCCAAACUGGAGGAGCGGAGAGACGUCCAGACCCGACGCAACAUCACCAUGUUCCAGGCUGCCUGCAGAGGAUACCUGGCCAGACAGGCCUUCAAGAAGAGGAAGAUCCAGGACCUGGCUAUCCGCUGCAUCCAGAAGAACAUCAAGAAGAACAAGGGAGUGAAGGGUUGGCCCUGGUGGAAGGUGUUCACCACAGUACGCCCCCUUAUAGAGGUCCAGCUCACAGAGGAGCAGAUACGCGGCAAAGACGAGGAGAUCCAGCAGCUGAAAGGGAGGCUGGAGAAGGUGGAGAAGGAGAGGAACGAGCUGAGACUCAACAGUGACCGCUUGGAGAGCCGGAUCACAGAGCUGUCGACGGAGCUGGCAGACGAGAGGAACACAGGAGAGUCAGCCUCUCAGCUGCUGGAGUCUGAGACCUCAGAGAGACUGAGACUGGAGAAAGACAUGAAGGACAUGCAGACUAAGUUUGACUCGAUGAAGAAGUCUAUGGACUCUAUGGAGAUGGAGGUGAUGGAGGCCAGACUCCUCAGAGCCUCAGAGCUCAACGGAGAGAUGGACGACGACGACACAGGGGGAGAGUGGAGACUGAAGUAUGAGAGGGCCAUCAGAGAGAUAGAGUUCACCAAGAAGAGGCUUCAGCAGGAGUUUGAUGACAAGCUGGAGGUGGAGCAGCAGAACAAACGGCAGCUGGAGAGGAGGCUAAGUGACCUCCAGGCAGACAGUGAGGAGGUGCAGCGUACGGCCCAGCAGCUGAAGAAGAAGUGUCAGAGAUUGACGGCUGAGCUACAGGACACCAAGCUACACCUGGAGGGCCAGCAGAGCCGCAACCAUGACCUGGAGAAGAAACAGAGGAAGUUUGACUCGGAGCAGAACCUCUCUCAGGAGGAGGUUCAGAGGGAGAAGAAUAUUAGAGAGAAGUUGAGCAGAGAGAAGGACAUGCUGACUGGAGAGGUGUUCAGCCUGCGACAGCAACUGCAGGACAAGGACCUGGAAAUGUGUGCGCAGAACGUGAAGUUAGAACAGCUGGAGGCGGAGCUGCUGGACCUGUCAUCCCAGGAGACCAAGGACGAGGCGUCGCUGUCCAAGGUGAAGAAGACGAUACGUGACCUGGAGGCCAAGGUCAAAGACCAGGAAGAGGAGCUGGAUGAACAGGCCGGAACUAUACAGAUGCUGGAGCAGGCUAAGCUGCGUCUGGAGAUGGAGACAGAAAGACUGCGCCAGACACACUCCAAGGAGAUUGAAAGUAAAGACGAGGAGGUGGAGGAGAUCAGACAGUCCUGCAGUAAGAAGCUGAAGCAGAUAGAAGUCCAGCUGGAGGAGGAGUAUGAUGACAAACAGAAGGUCCUACGUGAAAGGAGAGACCUGGAGACCAAGCUACUGUCUGCCCAGGACCAGGUGAACCCCAGAGAUGUGGAGACAGAGAAGAGGCUGAGGAAGGAUCUGAAGCGUACCAAGGCCCUGCUGGCCGACGCCCAGAUCAUGCUGGACCACAUGAAGAACAACGCCCCCAGCAAGAGAGAGAUCGCCCAGCUCAAAAACCAGCUGGAGGAGUCAGAGUUCACCUGUGCGGCAGCAGUGAAGGCCCGUAAAUCUAUGGAGGUGGAGAUUGAGGACUUGCAUGUGCAGAUGGAUGACAUCUCCAAAGCCAAACAGGCUCUGGAGGAGCAGUUGAGCAGGCUGCAGAGGGAGAAGAAUGAUCUGCAGUCUCGUAUGGAGGAGGACCAGGAGGAUAUGAACGAGCUCAUGAAGAAGCACAAGUCAGCUGUCGCCCAGUCGACUCAGAACCUAGCCCAGAUCUCUGACCUACAAGCCCAGCUGGAGGAGGCCCUCAAGGAGAAGCAGGAUGUCCAGGAGAAGCUCUCGGCACUGCAGAGCCAGCUGGAGUUCCAGGAGACUUCUAUGGUGGAAAAGUCUCUGGUCAGCAGGCAGGAGGCCAAGAUCCGAGAGAUGGAGACCAAGAUGGAGUUUGAGAAGACGCAGGUCAAACGCUUGGAGAGCCUGGUUGCCCGUCUGAAGGAGAACCUUGAGAAGCUAACAGAGGAGCGGGAUCACCGCAGCACCAGCGAGACUCGGGAGAAGGAGCAGAACAAGCGGCUCCAGAGACAGAUCAGAGAUAUCAAGGAGGAGAUGGGAGAGCUGGCCAAGAAGGAGGGAGAGGCCAGCCGCAAGAAACACGAGCUGGAAAUGGAUAUUGAAAGCUUGGAGGCAGCCAAUCAGAGCCUGCAGGCGGACCUUAAACUAGCCUUCAAGAGGAUUGGUGACCUCCAGGCCGCCAUCGAGGACGAGAUGGAGAGUGACGACAACGAGGACCUCAUCAACAGUUUACAAGACAUGGUGACAAAGUAUCAGAAAAGAAGGAACAAAACUGAGGGAGACUCAUCUGACUCGGAGGUGGAAGACCGUGUGGACGGGGUCAAGUCCUGGCUGUCCAAAAACAAAGGCUCGACCAAGAACCUUUCAGAUGACGGCAGCCUCAAGAGCUCCAGAUUUGCCGUAAACAUAGACGCAAAGGAAGAGAAAGAGUGGAAAGAGGGUAAGGAAUGGAAAGAGUUGAACAAAGAGGGCAAAGAGAAAGAGGUAGAUCAGAGCAGGCCGGUGUCUGUGAUGAGUUCCCUGAGCUACAGGAAGCGCUCCAACAUCAAUGACUCCAUUGGAGGUAAAGGGGAUGACAGCUCCCUCUUCAGUUCCCUCAAGAAGGACCAGGACUCCCAGGAGUCUAUCACCUCUUUUCGUAAGGCCAAGCCCAAAGGCUCCUUACCCCAGGAUGACUCCUACUCAGUCAGCUCCAGCUCCUGGAGGAAGUCCCAGACUGGGGACGAUGAUGACCGUGGCUCGGUUAUCUCCCAGGCCUACACUGAAGCCACCAGCAGGGCUAGGAAGGGCAUGGACAGCCGCUGGGGAGACUUCGACAAAGAGUCCACCGUGUCCUCCAUGGCCCCCAGCAGGGCCUCUGUCGCCACCACGCGCCGUGGCCUGAGACCAGGCGACGACACCAAGUCGACCAUCAGCCUGGGUAUGUCCAGUCCCCUGAGCCGCCGCCGCAGCACCUCCGCACACCGAAUGGACGAGUCAUAUGGAAAAAGCGGUUGCAGCCCCAGCAGCCCCUCUCUCAGUCGCCAUUCUGGGGGCAGGAGCCCUAGCAGCAUGAGCCGUGCUGACUCACGCAUAUCUGACUUCCGCAGCUGCCGCCUCAGUGAGUUUGAUGACAUGGAGGACGGGCACAGCGUGGCCUUCACCGAGCGCUCCUCGGCCUACAGCCCCCACUCCUCCACAGGACGCAGCCUGUCCAUGCCCCCGCCACGUGCUCGCUCCUCCUUCAGAGAUGAUGACGAGAUCCCUGACACCUCGGACGUCAAGCCGGCCACCGUCAGCCACCGCAACUACCUGGACCCCGACCUGGAGAAGGCCAUCAACGAGGUGCUCAACUUCAAACCCAUCAAGUUCAAACGCACCAGCCUGGAAGACUCGGAGGCCGAGGCAGGGAAGAAAGAGGAGGACACAGAGGAUGACAGGAAGAGUGUGCUUAGCGUCAGGGGGAGAGGCGACCGGGAGGUGGACAGCGGGCGCAGCACCAGCAGUCUGAGACGCUCAGCUUCGGCCGUGGACUGUAGGAGGUCCUCCAGCAGCAUGAGCAGCCGCAGUCGCAGCCACAGCCGCAGCGCAAAGAAGAGCAAAGGCAAGAAGAAGAAGAGGAGCCACGGCUCCGAGUCAGACAGCUCCGAUGAUGACCGCCGCAGCAAGAAGGGCAGCACCAAGAAGAAGGGCAAGAAGUCCAAGAAGAAGUCCAAGAAGAAGUCCAAAAAGGAGACUACUUCUUCUUCUUCCUCAUCCUCGGAUUCAUCAUCUGACUCAGAGUCUGGCUCCAGCUCUGGUGCCUCCACAAUCUCCUACAAAAGCACCAACAGUGUAAAGAGAGCCCCUGGCCGCCAGGCCUCUAGUCCAGAGGGGGAGAGGGAGGCUGGGACACCUGCUGAGGGGCAGCCCCCUCCUAACAAGAAGGAGGAGAAGAGUAGGAAGAAGAAAGUGGACAACCUGAUGAUGAAGUAUCUGUACAGACCAGACAGUGACUGAGGCUUGCAUCCUCCUAGCCGAAGACGGUUCUGCUUUGACAAAUCUGACGAAGAAGAAGAGGAGGAGGAAGAAGAAAAAGCAGAAGGUGGUGUGUCCCGA